UCAGAGUCGGGAAAGUCCAGACUUGUCCAGCUACCGCCUCCCGCCGUGCGCAGCCUGCAGGACUUGGCCCGCAUCGCCAUCCGCAGCACCAUCAAGAAGGCCAUUCGCCAGGAAGCGGCCAGCAAGGGCGCCAAUGGACUGAAGAGCACGCCCAGGUUCAAGCGAAGGCGAGUCCGCCGCCGGCGAAUGGAAACGAUCGUGUUUCUGGACAAGGAGGUCUUCGCUAGUCGUAUUUCCAACCCCUCCGACGACACUAGCUGUGAGGACUUGGAAGAGGAGCGGCGGGAGGCUGCGGAGAGGACCACGCGGGAAGCCACCAAGCCUGAUCCGCCAGUGAACUUCCUCCGCCAGCGGGUCCUGAGCCUCCCACUGCCAGAUCCCCUCAAGUACUACCUGCUUUACUACAGAGAAAAGUAAAUUUCCCGUUUGAAAGGGGAAGUGGGGAAGGAGUCCGAUCUGCCACCUGUCCACUGCCAGUUUGAAGCUGGUGCCUUGGAAGGGAGCCACCGGCCUCCUCCACCUUGUGGUUUUCCUUCUGUGGUUCGUGAUUUUCCUCUAAAACUUCAGUUCAACGGUGUGAUGUGUUUAAACAUAGUCCAACGAGACGCACACUGCAUAGAGGAGUGUUUUCCUGAAGCUUUACUGACGCUCUGCUGCGAGCUGGAGCCUGUUUGUCAUCUGUCCCUGAUGCCUGGGGCACCUUACACAUCACCCAUGCACUGAAUCCGAACCGCCUACGUGAGGCAAAGCACGAGCCUGACAAUGAGGAAUAUCUUUUCUUGGUGUGAUAUGCCGCUGUCCUUGGUGUGAUAUUCACUGUGAGUCUGAAUUUUAUGGUUUCAGUCUCAUAAUUACUGGCACCGAAUUCUUCUGAACUUUUUAGUUUUCUAUUGAAAAGCCCUCUCUUAUUUUAACCAAACAAAUUGAAACUUAUAUGAAUUGUCAGCUCUAAUUUUUAAAAAGGAAAAAUGUGAUUGGAGACGAGUAAAAGUAUCAAACUGCCAGGUGUCUUUCAGGAAUUUCAAAAGACUUGCAAGCAAAUUUUUUUUCCCCUGGCAUAUUUUGUUAUAUCUUUAAAAGAACCACUGUCAAGUAAUCUCUUAAAGAAUAUCCUGAAAAUAAAACAAGUUUAAAAAAUACAUGUAAGUUAGAAGGUAAAUUACCUUUACCCUAAACAUAGGGAUGAUUAUUACAGGUUUAAAGACCAUAACAAAUUUCUAAGGUGCUGACUGUGAGUUCUCAGAACAGGUGGAAAGAUUGCGGGACAUACAUUAGGGAAUGGUAUAGAGAGCCUAUUCUUUUUGACUUCCGUUUGUUCUCUUUCUGUGAUCACAUUAGAGUACUGAUUCAUAGAUUUUAUCUUUUAUAAUUCUGGAGAAAAAGAUUUGUUAGUUUUGUAAAUUUUCUUAAGAACAAAUAUAUGUAUUUUAGUAGUUCCAUUGCAUUAGAACAAUUUAAUUCAGUGGCUUGUGAAUAAUCCAUCUUCUCCAGGCCUUUUUGUAUCAAGAGCUUUCUAUCAAGUUGUGGGCCCAGGAAAAAAAAGAAAAAAAACAAUGUUUCUAGUAGUCAGAUGGCAGAAUGAUUAGAAGUUACAUUGGUGAUCCAAAACAUUGGUUGUUUUUUUUUUUAAAGAUUUUUUUUACCCAAAGAAAAGAAUAAUGCAGAUUGUUAGUAAUUAUUCCAAGCUCGAGUGUUAUGUAGGAUUAAGUACUGGAUUUUAUGAUUCGCUUUAAUCUCCAGCCUCUUGUGACUUACUGGGAGGGGUUUGAUGUUUUGUGGUUUACCUAGUCUAAGUGGCUAUUUUAGAUGUUUUCUGCUUUUUUAGUUAGCAGAUCAUUUUUACAAUACAGUCUGCAUGCAUAGCUGGAAAAACAUAUUUUGCUGUAGAUUGGUAAAUAUAAGCUAUUUAAAGAAAGUUCAUUCUUGUUUUUAUCUGCCUUUUAAACUUUUUUUUAGGAGAGAAAUGCAUGAUUUAAGUUCAUUUGAUAAUAUUUUUGUAGUUUGCAGAUCCUUGUUGACAUUAUUCUAAUUGCUGUGUAGAAUUUUCUAUUACAUGGAAAUUUUUGGAAAUAAUAUUAAGUGAAUGACAUCUGAAAUCUGUUGUAUAAGGUGGAUUGACUAAAUUUUUCCCAAUAAUUGAAUGUGGACUACAUUUUAUUAGAAACCACAUUUGCCUUUAUAUUGGAUUAAAAAAUCAUAAUGCUUAAAACAUGUCUUCCCUUUAUAUGUUAAUUUUUUCCUAACAUUUUUUAUUUACAUGUUAUCAGUUUGUGAUUUUCAAAACAGAGUUUAAGUUGUAAUAUAUAUGAGAAAUAGGUUGGUGUUUAUCUUAUAAAAAGAAAGGAAAUUGUAAAUAAGUUUUCCUGUAAAGCACCUUGCAACCAGAAAUCAGUAUAAUACACUACUUUUUUUUAACAGAUCAAUCAUAAUACAGUCUGCAUUGUCCGCAAGAUCUAUAUUGUAAACCACGUUCUUGUCAGUUGUUUAUAUUUUGAGUAUUCUAUACUUUAACAUGUGACUCUUGUCUUGAAGAGUAGUAAAGCCAUAGAUCUGUGCAAAAUUUUGAAAUUUAUAAAUAUUAAGUAUGUAGUGUAAGAAUCAAAUGUGUACAUAAAACUACUUUUGCAAGUUGAACUUAAAGAGAAAAAUCCAAGAAAUAUGAAACUGAUUUUAAUGAGGUGACACACAUGGAUAAAACAAAUGACUUAAUAAAGGUAGUUAAGACCUUUUAUUCUCAGCAUCACUUCUGUAUCUUAUGUGGGGUUUAAGUUCUUGAUAACAGCCUUUUAAAAAAUCUUAAAAUGAAUCCUUCCUUAUUAAUGUGUUUUCCUUCACUGCAUAGUUGUAUUUCUCAGUUCCUUAACAUUCAUAGUAGAUGGAGGGAAGGCCAGUCGUCGUUUCUAAUCAAUAAAUGUGAAUUGGAAUAGGAAAAUUGAAAAGUAUCUUGAAGAGUAUGUUUGAUGUUUUUGAUGCAAUUCCAUCCUAUUUUGAGAAUGUUAAAGGAUGACAACUGUAUGAGAUACAGAAAAUACUAUUUUAUUUGAUUCAUACAAUUCUUAUAUAAAUAUUUAAGUGUGUGCCAUAAGGAAGCCAUAUGCUGGAGUUGAAGAUGAAAUC